AUGUCCGGCAGCGACUCAAAGACACGGAAAAUAGGUGUUUGGGGGCUUUUCAAAGAGGUGUUCAAUUGGUAUCCAUCCAAUUAUCCGACAAAUGAGCGAAGGUACGUUGUCCCUCUUGGUUUGGCCAUAGGUUACUCAUCAUCUAGGUUGCUCUUCAAGCUGGAUUUAUCCAUUCUGGUAUUCGCAUGUCUAUGCUACCAGACCAACAUCAGCAACGCAUAUGUUAGUGGCCUAAAGGAAGACUUCAGUCUAAAUGGCAACCAACUUAACUAUUUCAACGUCUGCUAUUACACUGCCUACGUUGUCUUCCAAGUUCCUGGUCUGCUGUUGAUGUCGCGACCGACGCUGGCGAGAUGGCUGCUCCCUUCCCUUGAAAUUCUCUGGGGUAUAUGCACCUUUGCACAAAGCCGAGUCACGAAUGUCAGCCAGCUAUAUGCACUUCGAUUUCUCGUUGGCAUGUUCGAAGCGCCUGUCUUUGCUGGAACACACUUCAUUCUCGGCUCCUGGUACUCUGGCCCCGAACUCUUCAAACGAGCUGGAACGUGGUUUAUAUGCAACGCGCUUGGAACUAUGGUAAGCGGAUACCUGCAAUCCGCAGCCUACACCAACCUAUCCGGAGUGGGCGGCAUGCCUGGAUGGAAGUGGCUGUUUGUUAUAGACGGAAUUUUCACUAUUCCCGUCGCCAUUAUUGGCUUCUUAGUGUUCCCGGGGAUUCCGGAUUCUCCACGACCCUUCUUCCUGUCAGAAGAUGAUAUCACCUUGGCCAAGGAUCGGGCGCGAAGAGCAAACAUCCGUCGUCCGGGAAGGAUGACAAUUGAUGUCUUCAAACGCACACUUAAGCGCUGGCAUAUCUGGGUCUUCAUCCUCUGUUAUGCGUGCAUGAUUAUAUCUUCUUAUCCUACCUCUUAUAUGAACCUCUGGCUAGAGGCAGAAGGCUACUCAGUGCCACAGGUCAACAAGCUGCCGACAGUGACCUACGCGAUCAAUAUCGUUGCUUCGUGGUUAGGGACCACACUUGCUGCAAUUUAUCCGUCAUGGCUUAUUUACACUAUUGCGUCCGCAUGCUGUUUAUUUUCUUCGCUGUGUAUGAUUAUUUGGAACAUACCAAAGGCCCUGAAGUUUGUCGCAUGGUACCUCUUUGGCGCGGCAGGGUGCACAAGUCCUAUUCUGUAUUCGACGGUCAAUACGAUUGUAAAGGAUGAUUCUGAAGAACGGGCGCUCAUCAUGGUACCUCAAUAG